UUUUACUUAUAUUCAUUUUUAAUCCCAUCUUUUAAAUUUUUGCUUUAAAGAAAAGUUGUAUGAGUUAUAUGGUUUGGCUGUCACCCCACAUAAUCUCAACUUGAAUUGUAUCUCCCAGAAUUCCCAGGUGUUGUGGGAGGGACCCAGGGGGAGGUUACUGAAUCGUGAGGGCCAGUAUUUCCCGUGCUAUUCUCAUGAUCAUGAAUAAGUCACAUGAGAUCUUAUGGGUUUACAGGGGCUUCCACUUUUGCUUCUUCCUCAUUUUUCUCUUUCCACCUUAGCCUCCAUGUAGGGAGUGCCUUUUGCCUCCUACCAUGAUUCUGAGGCCUCCCCAGCCAUGUGGAACUGUAAGUCCAAUUAAACUUUUUCUUCCCAGUCUCGGGUAUGCUUUAUCAGCAGCAGGAAAACAGACUGAUAUAGUAAAUUGGUACCAGUAGAGUGGGGCGUUGGUGAAAAGAUACCUGAAAAUGUGGAAAUGACUUUGGAACCAGGUAACAGGCAGAGGUUAGAACAGUGUGGAGGGCUCAGAAGAAGACAGGAAAAUGUGGGAAGGUUUGGAACUUCCUAGAGACUUAUUGAAUGGCUUUACCUAAAAUACUGAUAGCGAUAUGGACAAUAAGGUCCAGGCUGAGGUGGUGUCAGAUGGAGAUGAGGAACUUGUUGUGACUAGGAGCAAAGGUGACUCUUAUUAUGUUUUAGCAAAGAGACCGGGCACAUUUUGCCCCUGCCAUAGAGAUCUGUGGAACUUUGAACUUGAGAAAGAUGAUUUAGGGUAUCUGGUGGAAGAAAUUUCUAAGCAGCAAAGCAUUCAAGAGGUGACUUGGGUACUUUUAAAGGUAUUCAGUUUUAUAAGGGAAGCAGAGCAUAAACGUUUGGAAAAUUUGCAGCCUGACUAUGUGAUAGAAAAGAAAAACCAGUUUUCUGGGGAGAAAUUCAAGUCCACUGAAGAAAUUUGCAUAAGUAGCAAAGAGCCUAAUGUUAAUCCCCAAUGCAAUGGGGAAAAUGUCUCCAGGCCCUGUCAGAGACCUUCACAGUGGCCCUUCCCAUCAAAGGCCCAAAGGCUCAGGAGGAAAAAGUGGUUUUGCAGGCCAGACCCAGGGUACCUGUGCUGUGUGCAGUCUAGGGAGUUGGCGCCCUGUGUCCUAGCUGCUCCAGCUGUGGUUGAAAGGGGCCAACCCAGAGCUCGGGCUGUGGCUUUAGAGAGUGCAAGCCCCAAGACUUGGUAGCUUCCAUGUGGGGUUGGGCUUGUGGGUACACAGAAGUCAAGAACUGAGGUUUAGGAACUUCUGCCUAGAUUUCAGAAGAUGUAUGGAAACACCUGGAUGCCCAUGCAGAAGUUUCCUGCAGGGGUGGGGCCCUCAUGGAGAACCUCUGCUAGGGCAGUGCAGAAGGGAAAUGUUGGGUUGGAGCCCCCAUGUAGAGUCCCCACUGGGGCACUGCCUAGUGGAGCUGUAAGAGGGCCACCAUCCUCCAGACCCCAGAAUGGUACAUCCACCGACAGCUUGCCCUAUGUGCCUGGAAAAGCCACAGACUCUCAACGCCAGCCUGUGAAAGCAGCCAGGUAGUACAGGGAGGCUAUUCCCUGCAAAGCCACAGGGCUGGAGCUGCCCAAGAUCAAGGGAACCCACCUCUCGUAUCAGCGUGACCUGGAUGUGGGCCUGGAAUCAAAGGAGAUCAUUUGGGAGCUUUAAGAUUUGACUGCUCUGCUGGAUUUUGAACUUUCAUGGGCCCUGUAACCCUUUUGUUUGGCUAAUUUCUCUCAUUUGAAAUAGCUAUGUUUACCCAAUACCUAUACCCCCAUUGUAUUUAGGUAGUAACUAGCGUGCUUUUGAUUUUACAGGCUCAUGGGCAGAAGGGACUUGCCAUAUCUCAGAGAAGACUUUGGACUGUGGAUUUUAGGUUAAUGUUUAAAUGAGUUAAGACUUUGGGGACUGUUGGGAAGGCAUGAUUGGUUUUAAAUGUGAGGACAUGAGAUUUGGAAGGGCCAAGGGCGGAAUGGUAAGAUUUGGCUGUGUCACCACCCAAAUCUCAACUUGACUUGUAUCUCCCAGUAUUCCCACAUGUUGUGCCAGGGAGCCAGCAGGAGGCAUUGAAUCAUGGGGGCCGGUGUUUCCAGUGCUAUUUUCCUGAUAGUGAAUAGGUCUCAGCAGAUCUGAUAGGUUUAUCAGCAGUUUCUACUUUUGCUUCUUCCGAUUUUUCUCUUGCCACUACUGUGUAAGAAGUGCCUUUCAGCUCCUGCCAUGAUUCCAUUGCCUCCCCAGCCAUGUAAAACUGUGUAAGUCCAAUUAAACCUUUUU